AUGGAAGAAAAAAAAAUUUUUAAAAAAUUUCCUGAUGGUUUUUUAUGGGGAACAGCAACAUCGGCUUAUCAAAUUGAAGGAGGAGCUUUUGAUGAUGGUAAAGGAAAAUCAAUUUGGGAUGAUUAUGUAAGAAAGGAAAAUAAAAUUAAAAAUAAUAUGAAUGGAGAUAUAUCAUGUGAUUCAUACAAUAAAAUCGAUGAGGAUAUAUCAAUUUUGAAAACACUUAAUGUAUCAUUUUAUCGGUUUUCUAUUUCAUGGUCACGUAUAUUUCCAAGUGGAACUGGAAAUAUUAAUGAAAAAGGUAUUGAUUAUUAUAAUAAAUUAAUUGAUAAACUUAUUGAAAAUAAUAUUAAACCAAUUGUUACACUUUAUCACUGGGAUUUACCAAAUGGUUUACAUUUUAAAGGUGGAUUUUUGAAUGAUAAAAUUCAAGAAUGGUUUUCAGAAUAUGCAGAUUUUUGUUUUAAAACAUUUGGAGAUAGAGUUAAAACAUUUAUUACAUUUAAUGAACCAAUAUGUAUUGUACUUCCUGGAUAUUCUGAUGGAGGAAAUGAAUUAGCUCCAGGAGAUUUUCAAAAACAUUCAGAAUGGACACUUUAUCAAAGUAUUUAUAAUGUUUUAUUAUCACAUGGUAAAGCUGUUAAAAUAUAUAGAGAAAAAUAUCAAAAAUAUCAAGGUGGUAGUAUAGGAAUUACAUUAGGAAAUUAUGGUGCUAUUCCAGCAACUAAUAAAGAAAAUGAUAUUAAAAUGACAGAAAAAGUAUUUGACAUCAUUUUUGGUACAUUUGCGGAACCAAUAUUUGGUGAAAAUGGUGAUUAUCCUGAAUUUAUAAAAAAAAUGCAUGAUAAUAUAAGACUUUUUGAAGGAAACUCAGAGACAAGAUUACGUUUAUUUAAUGAUAAAGAAAAAAAUCUUCUUAAAGGAUCAGCAGACUUUUUAGGAUAUAAUUACUAUUCACCAUAUACUGUAUCUGAAGGAAAUGAUCAAUUUUCAGAGGGUAAUGAUCAAUUUGCUAAAGAUUAUAACUUUUCUGUUGGAAGAUCUUCAAUAUAUACAUUUGCUGGGGAUGGUUGGGUUCAAAAUGCACCAGAUGUAUUUAAAAAAACUUUACUUCAAAUAAAUAAAAAAUAUAAAGGAAUUAAAAUACUUAUUACAGAAAAUGGUUGCAUGGACAUGAAUUCAGAGGGUCAUAUAGAUGAAAGUAGAAUUAAUUAUAUAUCUGGUCAUAUUAAUGCACUUCAUGAAGUAAUAUCAGAAGGUGUAAAUAUACAAGGAUAUACAUAUUGGAGUUUAAUGGAUAAUUUUGAAUGGUCUAGUGGAUAUGAUUUAAAAUUUGGGCUUUUUAAAGUAAACUUUGAUAGUGAUAAAAAAGAAAGAACACCAAAGAAAUCAGCUACAUUUUAUAGUGAAAUAAUUAAAAAUAAUGGUCUUUAUUAUUAA